AUGUCGCUCAAGAAUAUCUACCAUCUGCGUCGGGUUGCAGACACCUCCUCAAAAGCAUGUUUGAUCUGUUACAAGCCGUCGACCAGCGUGUUGAUCACGCCAGACAACAAGGACUUCUUCUAUGUGUGCCCCGCACACCUACAAGACCGGCACUUUUGCUCGCCGAUCAUCAACGCAGAGGCAGAAGCAGCGCGCCGUAAAGAGGAAGAAAUGGCCAAAGAGAUUGAACAGGUGAAAAAGGAGUAUGAGGAAAAGCAGAAACGCAAGAAAGAGCGCGCUGCCAAGGACGACAAAGAGAAGAAAGAUGACAAGGACAAGAGCAAGGAAGAUUCUAAGGACAAGAAAGAUGCAGAGUCUAAAGAUGAUGAAAAGGACAGAGAUGAUAAGAUUGACUCGAUUCGGAAAGCUGGAGAGUCUAAAGCAGACGCUUCUCCGAGAGUAUUUGCUCUUCAUAAGAACUUCUAUCAGAUGCGCAUUGAUCGGCUGCGAAAUAUCGAAAUGGCCAAAAGGAACCAAGACAGAAUGAAGAAUCCUGCUCUUUUCCCUUCUGUUCCUAACCGUGGCCUCUAA